AUGUCACCAUAUCAGUUGGUGUAUGGGAAGCCUUGCCAUCUACCAGUAGAGCUAGAGCAUAAGGCUUGGUGGGAUGUAAAGAAGUGUAACAUGGACAUGGUUGAUGUAGGACAACAACAAAUGCUUCAAUUGCAUGAGCUAGAAGAAAUACGCAAUGAAGCAUAUGAGAGCUCGAGAAUCUACAAGGAGAAAACCAAAGCUUUUCAUGAUAAACAUAUUCUUCGAAAGAGUUUUGUGGAAGGUCCGUUCACUAUUACCAAGGUUUUUCCUCAUGGAGCGGUCGAAGUUGUAAGUCCGAGUACCGGAAAGUCAUUCAAUGUGAAUGGUCAGAGAUUAAAGCCAUAUUACAAAUCAAUGGAGAAAGAACAAGCUGUUGUGAUUCACCUCAUUGACCUGGUAUAUGUUGAUGAAUGA